AUGGCGCCGCCGCCGCCGCCGCCGCCGCGACAACAACAGCCCAAAGUUCAUCCUCAGUACGCUUUGUCGCAUCAUCCGGAUCUAGCCGUGGAUGAUUGGACCGUCAGGGAUCAUCACUCUUCCGAGUCCAACGGCGGUGAUACCGCAGUGUUCCCGACUGCUGAGACCGGUGACUUGUUUUAUAGUCGCCCUGGGAAGCGGCCCUCUGCCCGAGGAGCCGCAUUCUACCCUCGGAAGCGUGCCAUUACUGCAUGCCAGGUCUGCAGAGCACGCAAGACCAAGUGUGACAACCAGAAGCCUAGCUGCUCAUACUGCUUGAGCGUUGGCGCAACUUGCAUUCAAUCUCCUGUCGACCUCUCUAGCUUUGACCCUGCCAGCCUCAAGAUACUGGACCGCUUAGACGAUCUGGAACGUCUGCUCCGCACCACUGGUGCUGCUACUGAACUUGCGAUAUCACAAGCACCGCCAAUUCCCCAAGCCUCGCCACUAGCUUCGUCUGCUGGCAUUCUUGGAGAUGGCAAUCAUGCAUCAUAUCCCGCUCAUUUCCAAGUUCAGCAGCUCGACAGUUGUCAUAUUCCACGAUCAAACCAACUCACCAAGAAUAACAGCCAGAUCUCCAAUGCGCGAGUGGAAGAAGAUCUACCACUAGACAGUGUCUUGCCAAUGCGUAUCGACCGUAUCUUAGAGUGGCCAGUCUUUCACAGCACCAGGUCCCAAGCUGCUCCAGUCUCUCGAGCACAACGAGAUGCCAUGACAUCUCCUGCCGGCGGGGCCGCGUCGUUGGCAGCCCUGGUGGAUAUCGAGUCUCACCGCAUGUACAGGCUCCUGGACAGCUUUUUUCUUUAUAUACACUGCAAGAAUCCCAUUUUAGAUGAGAGGUCUGCAAGAAGAAUGGCCGGAAAGGCCUUUUUAGAUGGUAUUGAUUGGUCGCCGGCUUCGUGUUUGGCAAUGAUCAUAUGUGCGCUGGGCUGUAUAGCAACGCCCUUUGGUCCGAGCCCAGAGACAAAAGUAGGCACACAGGCAUAUGCUGAUUCUCAGGUCUUCUUUCAGGCAGCCCAGAAACGCAUUGGCAUCCUGCUGACCAGAUCGGAUAUAAUCAGUGCGCAAUGUCUGUUCCUUUCUGGAGUCUACAUGAUGAUGGUUUUCCAGCCCAUCUAUGCGUGGCGAUUCUUCUCGCAAGCACUAGCCGCAUGCCAACAUUUUCCCUUUCUAGCCAAGGCCCAAGAUAUGUCAAUAGAAGCCGUAUUAUCUCCAGGAUCAAGGGAGAUGGGCAAAGAGAUGGGCAAACAAGACACUCAAGAGCAGGCUGUCUAUUGGUCCGCUUGGAAAUCAGAACGGGAGCUGCGGGGAGUGCUGUCCUUGCCAGAUUUUGAUAUUCACCAUCCGGGCAAUACUCUCUACCCCCCGUUCUUCCCUGCACCUCCCGUGCUUCCGCCAGGAUCUGCCGGUGGCCCAGAUUCAGAAGCCCUGCGCUCCAGGGCAUCAUGGCUCUUUUAUUUGGCAGAGAUAUCACUCCGACGUUUGACUAGCCGCCUUUGCAGCGAAAUGCUAAACUUGCGGCAACGCUACUCAUCAAAUACAACUUUUUUGGAUGUACUGGCGGAUAUGACGCCAGAGUAUGAGGCACAAGCAGAGGAAUGGUCUGAGAGUCUACCAGAGGAGUUGUCGGUACGCACUGCCAUUGCGGAAGAUGAUAUUGCCAAGUCUGUCCUACGAGGUAAGCUCAUAAAUCUUUACGAGAUAAUUUAUUGGCCAUUCGUCAUGGCGAGUUUGAGUGCAUUGUCCGGUGGACGGGUGAUGAAGCCCCAGCUGGAAGAGCUUGUCAAACGCGGCCUGGACACACACAUGCAUCAAAUCCAUGCCAAUGAGCCAGGAUUCUUCCAUCGACACCAUGGAGGAUUUUUCAUGAUCAGAGCUUGCACCCGCAGUGCGUUAACACUCGUGGCGGCUGCCAAGUCUGGAAGUACAAUACCGCCUCAUUGGGACGAGGCGGUUUGUAAGGUUAUCGGCAUGUUGGCAUACUGGGAGGAGGAAGACCGAGACGUUGGCCGAUGGAAAUCAAUAAUAGAGCGCGAACUUGCCUUACUUCGCGAGUGA